AUGGAGAAAUAUCGACAGUUUGCUGAUGCUACGAAGGGCGUGAACCCCUUCGUUCCGGUGUGGAGCAACCGUCGUCUCACUCUGCUCCAGAGGCUGAUGAAACUACUUGUCUGUGGCGGCUUUCUCGUCCCUGUACGCGCUGCCCUCUUCGUUGUCGGUUUCGCAUUGCUCUUUUUGGCGUCUAUCAUUCUGAGUCUGCUUUCGUGCGUCCCGGCGGUGCAUGAUAUCUUUGCUACGCUGUUGCUACCGAUACCAUGUCGCAUCUGUCUGUUGGCCUCCGGGUUCUUCUGGGUUAACUACGGGGAAGAGACUGACGCAAGGAGACUGAAGCUAGCAACUCCGGAUAGUAUGGCAAUUUUGAGUAGAAUAGCGAGUGCCUCACACUCGCCAGGCGUGCUACAAGAUGAUGCUCGCAUUUUGUGUCCUUGAUAUUUUGACAUUGUUGUCCUCUUAGAAGUAUAUCUACUGAACCGAUUGCAGCAUCAAAUCGUGUUAAUAGAAUACUGCAUAGCAAUCGACCCCCUUCUGCUCUAAUCGAAAAAAAAACGGUUCCAAGACCACUUUGGGUGCCACACACGGAUGGUUGCUUUUUACCAAUUUCCAGGGUCCGGUGGAUGUUUUGUAUUAUGGGAUGUUGGGCUACAACAGCUUCGUUUUCACCAAUCCGAAGACUUUGCGAUUCGAGGCAACCCGUACUUUGAUAACCAGUUUUUUUCGUGCGAUUGAGGUUGGGGAUGUACUAGUAGGUGCUGCCGGUGAUGAUGAAAAAAAACAGGGCGCAAGAAAUUCAUCAGGCAACGCUUCUUCAACAGGAAGCGCUGUAGUGGAAGAAUUGCCAGUGGAUGGAUUGGAUGGUAGAAGGACGGUCGUAUUCGCGGAAGGGGGUAAGACGAACGGCACGUGCGUGCUUCCGUUUACCGGAAUUGCGUCUUUUCUUAGCCGGGGUAGCGGUUUGUCGGGACGUAAAAGUAAGCGCUUAGGAGCAGCGCAACUAGACUUUUAUCGAGUCACCUGCUCGACACUAGUGUACGACAAUAGCAAUGCUAAGGCAUCUGCAGCGGGGAGCAAUACGUCAAGCGCGACGGCCGUACUGUUCACCCCAGCCGCAACGACGACGACUAGCCUCCUUGGCUACCUUCUUUCUUUGCAAUACCAGUAUGCGCAUACGGUGGAGCGGUACCACGUUUCUCCAGAGCUUGUAGGUUUCAAUUUGACUGGGGAAGCACUGACUACCUCCAUCUCUACUCAAAGUCAAGACCAAGAACAAGAAGAAGAAGACGACGCAACCACAUCAUCAACUGGAAGUCGGAGCUUAAUAAUAGCAGAGAAGCUGCGAAGUUGGGUUGCAACGAUGCCAUCACCGGUUCUCCAUGAGGUCAAUAACAGCGCGAGUGACCUAGCUCUAUUCCACAAGUAUUGGACAGAUACGCAAAAAAAGAAAUACACCUAAGGACAAGGGGACCAUUCUAAAAAGCAUGAUCAACAAACACCACUCAAAAUUGUCAAGAAUCACUUUUCCUUUAUUUCGCAAAUAUCGCCUGCACGACUCCCCAAGGAUGCUUCGAGUUCGAUGUAUAAGAAAGUAAAAAUAACUUACCACACCCUGGCUCGCACGCCGCAAACAAAAUUCUUUGGGUGACAUACGCGUCAUUCCUUCAAAAGAACUUCCUUCAAAAGAACGCCAAAUUUGGCUGAUGAAUGAAAGCAGCACCAACACUGGAGUUGUUCCCCAAUCGAUUUGCCUAAUCCCUAAGACCCAAGCCUCCUUGUAUGUCAAUGUCUUGCAUGUUAAUUCGGCUUGUGCGAUUGCCAUGCAUCGUAUCCUUAUGUUGUCGCACGAGCACAGCUCGUCAGCCUUAGCGCUGAGAUUCAUAGAAUCAUGGAGUCUCGAGGUGCGUCACAUCAAUGAUUAAGUCAAAUAAAUGAGAAU